AUGGAGAGGAGGAUGCUCUUGGGCGGCUUCGUCAGCAGCCCCAGCCAGAAAUCACUGCAGAGCAUUUUGGGGCCCAGCUCCCGCUUCCGGCACACGCAGGGCAGGGUGCUGCACCGCGACACCCACCUCACCAACCUGCGGGGGCUCAGCCUCACCACGCCGGGCGAGUGCGACGGCUUCUGCGCCAACAACCAGCGUGUCGCCCUCCCCCUGCUCUCCGCUGGCGGCCAGAUCGCCAUCCUCGAGCUCUCCAAGCCGGGACGUCUCCCCGAUGCAGCCGUGCCCACCAUCCAGAAUGGUGCGGCGGUGGCCGACCUCUCCUGGGACCCCUUCGACCCGCGGCGCCUUGCAGUCGCAGGUGAAGAUGCCAAAAUCCGGCUAUGGCGGAUCCCCGAGGGAGGGUUGCAGGAGACGCUGUGUGAGCCCGAAGCUGUCCUCCGAGGUCACACAGAGAAGAUCUACUCCAUCCGCUUCCAUCCCAUGGCAUCUGAUCUCCUUGUUUCCUCCUCCUACGACAUGACAGUGCGGAUCUGGGAGCUGAGCAGCGGGCAGGAAGCCUUGUGCCUGCAGGGACACACUGAUCAGAUAUUCAGCCUGGCUUGGAGCCCUGAUGGGAAGAAGCUGGCGACGGUGAGCAAAGACGGCCGGUUACGGCUCUACGAGCCCCGGCGCAGCCCUCAGCCUCAACAGGAGGGUCCAGGGCCCGAGGGGGGCCGCGGAGCACGCGUGGUUUGGGUUUGCGGUGGCGACUACCUCCUGGUGUCCGGCUUUGAUAGCCGCAGUGAGAGGAAGAUCCUCCUGUACCGGGCGCAGGCUCUGCCCGAGGGACCCUUGUCCGUCCUUGGCCUCGAUGUGGCCCCUUCCACCCUCCUGCCCUUCUACGAUGAGGAUACAGGCGUUGUCUUCCUCACUGGCAAGGGUGACACCAGAGUCUUCCUCUACGAGGUGACGCCCGAGCCCCCCUAUUUCCUCGAGUGCAACAGCUUCACCUCCAAUGAACCCCACAAGGGCUUCAUCUUCCUGCCCAAAACGUCAUGCGAGGUGCGGGAGGUGGAGUUCGCCCGGGCGCUGCGCCUGGGGCAGAGCACCCUCGAGCCAGUUGCUUUCCACGUGCCACGUGUCAAGAAGGAGUAUUUCCAGGACGAUAUCUACCCACCGACCCGUGUCUGGUGGGAGCCAGCCCUCAGUGGCAGAGCCUGGUUGGCAGGGCAGGAUGGGCAGCAUCGCCGUCCCACCCUGCGGCCAGCCGACAUGACACCAGUGAGCGAGGCCCCGAAGGAGGCACCGGCGCGAAAGUUCGUCCCUGCAUCUGUGUACCUGGAGGAGAAGUCUGACGAGCAGAAGAAGGAGGAGGCCAAGUACCUGGCGCAGAUCAUCCUGGUGGGGGCCCAGGUGGUCGGACGGGCCUUCAUGCGGGCGCUGCGCCAGGAGUUCGCAGCGAGCCAAGCGGCAGCAGAUGCGCGAGGGCGCUCAGAGAGACCCCAGUCAGCCGCUGCCUCCAGGAUCACCGGCAUCAGCCUCCAGGAAGCUCAGCAGAUCCUCAACGUCUCAAACCUCAACCCAGAGGAGAUCCAGAAGAACUACGACCACUUGUUCAAGGUGAACGACAAGUCGGUGGGAGGCUCCUUCUACCUGCAGUCCAAGGUGGUGAGAGCCAAGGAGCGGCUGGACGAGGAGCUCCGCAUCCAGGCCAAGGAUGAGAAGGAGAAGGGGUGGAAAGCCGAGACGUGACUCCUGCCACCCCCGUGCCCCAUGUCCCUCACCCUUAACUUAUAGGUAGCCAAUAAAUACCAUGUCCUCCA